GAUUUCUGAAAUGUUUUUCUUUUAUACUCAUCACAGGGGACAGAAGCUAUAUUGUCCCUGAAACUUUAUUCCAGAAUUGGAGAUUGGUUUGAAGCUCGUGCUUUCGAGAAAAUGAAGAGACUAAGACUGCUACAACUUGAUGAUGUAAAACUUAUUGGAGAUUAUGGGCACAUUUUUAAACAACUGAGAUGGAUUUGUUGGCCAGGCUUUCCAUAUAAAUGCAUUCCAAAGAACUUUCAUUUGGAAAAUGUAAUUGCAAUUGAUUUCAAGCAUAGUCUUCUCCAUCUCGUCUGGCAAGGACGCGUGGUUUUAGAGCGGUUAAAAUUCCUUAAUCUUAGUCACUCCAAAUACCUGAUAGAAACACCUGACUUUUCAGGACUACCAAGUCUUGAACAACUCAUUCUAAAAGAUUGUCCAAGUUUGCUCCAGGUACACCAAUCCAUUGCUGAUCUCUCCAAUAUAGUAUUGAUAAAUUUGAAGGACUGUACAAAUCUAAUAUAUCUUCCAAGAAAGGUAUAUAAGUUGAGAUCUUUAAAAACUCUCAUCCUCUCUGGUUGUUCGAAGCUUAGGCCAUUGGAAAAGAUAUAAUGCAGGUGGAAUCCUUUUUAACUAUAAUUGCUGAGAAUAGAACACUGAAACAAACGUCCUUUUAAAAUUGUAAGCUCAAAAAUUAUCAGAUAUAAAUCCUACGUUGAAUUUGAAGGAUUAUUGGUAAAUA